CGCGUGGGGCAGGCCCCCGCCUGGGGCAGAGGUUAUUGGGAAGCUCCCGCCCUGCCGACCUCUUGGGGCUCCCGGACCGGAGGGUCUGUCUCGAGUCCCCUGUUUUCUCAGCGGCCUCAGGCCUGCCGUGGGGCUCGGCCCUAAAGCUUCUCCUAGGAUCGUCUCCCUCCAGUGUGUCAACAGAUUGAAGUGGUGCCAUGCAGCAAGAAGCAGAGAGAUGCAGAGUUCGAACCAGAAGACCUGACAUGGCACUUUAUAUACCUAAAGCUCGAAGAACCAUAACAGUCCUCAAGUCAGGUGACAAGGAGGAAAGCAGUAGGCCUCCUGCCUUUGUGGUCAAAGAACAGAAGGAAGCUUGUGUUCCCCAGAAGAUCUCUGGAAAUAAACCUGAAUCUCAAAGACUAAGUGGUCAUUCUGAUAGAAAGGAGUGUGACUGGAGGGAAGGAAAGAGAUCUUCAUCAAAAUUAAGGAAAGAUGGGUGCCUUCAGAAAAAGAGUAAAGAUAAGGUUUGUUCUAACAGAGAAACUGAAGAAUCCAAAGAAGCCUCAGCCCAACAACAUCAACACAGAGCCUCCAAUGCUGUGAUUAUAUCUAACAUACCUUUAAGAAGACUUUUUAAACCAAAGGAAAUGGAGUGUUUAGAAGUUCACACUGCGGGAGUGACAGGACAGCAGGGGUUGCAUCCAUUGUCCUCUUGCUCAGAAGACAGUGCUGCUCAGGUUCCAAACAGACCAAUCCAGAAUGUGGAACUUUGUGAUUUCAGUGGGGAAACUUUUGUAAAUAGAAAUUUGGAAAGCAGAAUUGAAACCGAGGCCAAAGUUAUGGAGUUAGUCUCCCAAUUUCCUCAAGUUGUCACCACUAUGCUGAAACCAGAGGGUAUGGCUAUACCAGCAAUGCCAAGUUCUGAUUCCGAAACUGCACCAUACAGUGUGGGAACAUCUGAUGGAGUGACAAAGCACAGGCCUGGGAGCAUCUGUGCAGUGUCUGUUCCUGGAAGUCCAGAUGAUGAUGUUGAUCCAACUUUUUUAGACUUUGAAGUUGAAAGUAAGGAUACAGUCAACAGUAGAGAGUCUGUCUUGGGUCAGAAAGAUGUAGAUUCCAUUCCUGGGCCUGUGGGUAACGUUUCUCCUAAAAUGGUUAUAGUCAGCAAAUUAGAGAGCACAAAUGACAUUAUUGACCCAACAGUGACUAGAGAAUGUGACAGUAACAGCUCUGCUGAUGAGUUAUGUAUGAAGAAUGAACCUUCUGAUACCACUGUUCAUGAAAUCGACACAGACAGUGGAUUUCAGAAUGUAUGUGACACUACUACUAGCAAGGCAUGUGUGGUGGACAUUGCAGGUACAGUUUGUGGUCAUGUAACUGCAGGCAGCCCUUGGAGAGUUUCAGUUAGAGGUUCUGAUGAGAGUAGUGACAAUACAAGUAAUUUCUCAGAUUACAUAGAAAUGAUUACAGAUGUAGCCCCUCUUGAUGCAGCUAAAAGUGAGAAUGACUCUAAAAACAUUAGCAGCCUGACUGCCUGCUCAGAUAUUUAUGCUGAGAGUAUUGCAUCUGGUUUUACAGAGUCAACAGGAAAGUUGAUAGAGAAUAUGUCAGAUUGUGCUUCCUCUUUACUCAUAAAGAAGAUUGCUGAUAGCAAUUGUACCACUGCUUUGGACUCUGAGCUGAGUGUGUCAAAUAGGACAGAAGUACUUUUGGAGAGUGCCUUGGGCAGUGAUCUGGAGACUACUGAGGAGAUAACAGAGGCAUUGCUUAAACUAAGAACUGCUGAAGAGUUUAAAACAAAAGAGGAAGAUGAUUCAGAGAGUACAGUGUGUGGUGUAUCGUUUUCUGAUAGAGAAUCACCUCUGGAAUCAUCCGUAGCUCUAAAAACACCAGACCCUUCUCAUGAACAAGGAAAUAUUGCUGUGGAGGAAAGCUGGGAAUCAAUGUUUAAUGAUGAUGGUGAUUGUGUAGAUCCACGUCUUCUGCAAGAGUUAUCAGGGAAUAUGAAGAACAGAAAAAGCAUCCAGGAGCCUAGAUUUGAUUAUUACAGCCAUGAACUUCCCGAUAUUGAUCUCAGUGAAUGUGAAUUCCCACAUGUCAUUGAAAUUUAUGACUUUCCUCAAGAAUUUCGUACAGAAGACCUUUUGCGGAUUUUCUGCAGUUACCAAAAGAAAGGAUUUAAUAUUACGUGGGUAGAUGAUACACAUGCCCUAGGAGUUUUCUCCAGUGCAAUCACAGCUCGCGAUGCUCUAGGUAUUAAACAUACCAUGGUGAAGAUUCGGCCCUUGUCACAGGCCACAAGAGCAGCCAAGGCCAAAGCUAGAGCUUGUGCUGAGUUUCUCCAGCCAGCAAAGGAACGACCGGAGACUUCAGCGGCCUUAGCCAGGAGGUUAGUCAUCAGUGCCCUUGGGGUUCGAAGCAAACAGAGCAAAACUGAACGGGAAGCAGAGCUCAAGAAACUGCAGGAAGCCCGAGAGAGAAAACGUUUGGAAGCAAAGCAACGGGAAGAUAUCUGGGAAGGCAGAGACCAAUCUGCGGUUUGAACAUCACAUACUGGGAGGAAUGAAUCCUUGAAUUAGGAAGUGGUUCAUAGCCUUGAGACAAGAGGAUCUUUCCAGAGCUGUGUACAUGUAGAUGAGCAUGUUAAAAGAAAAUGUGAACAAGACAAAAGACUGGAGCGUAUGGAGAGAACGAGGAGUCCUUUCCUCACUCCUAAAUUCAGAACAGUCCACUGUGGUGGAUGUUAAAAGGAACCAUCAUGUGGGAAGUAAAAAUCCAAGAGUCCUCAGCAUAGAACAGGUCAUGUUACUGUGGGUCACACUUCCAGGAAGUCUAAAGCAGAUGUAAAGCAGAACAGAGGAUUCAAGCCUGCAGUGAUAGGCCCACACAGCAAGGUAUUCCUUAGUACUUCACAAAAUGGAGAACAACAGUAAUAGGGACAGUGGAGAGAGGGGACGUGGGAAGCAGUUCAGAGAGACAGAAGUGCCUGGUGUGCUUGGCACAUAGAGUCUACACUCCUGGCACCAGAACUUUGAAGCCAGUGACCACAGCGCGUUGUGAGUAUUUGGACUCCUGAGUUUGUACUAAGCUUGGUGCCUGGUACUGCUCCAGUUGCACAGCGGCCAGGGGUCUGUCACUUUCCUUCCUCACAGUAAGCUAGUCCCAGGGAGCCAAGUGCCAGCUCCAGUUUAAGCAGUAAUGCAUUGAGAGGGAGCGAUUAAAGACUUUUAUAACAUAAA